AUGUCGGUGAACGAACCACCAUCCCCCUCCACGGACGACGAUACAAACAAUUCCCAACGUGCGCCCCAACCGCCAUUUGCAUCUGAGCUCGCUGUGCUGGAUCGACGACUGAAACACCUCUCUGAGCAAGUCCUUCCGCUUCAUCCCUUCCUCUUGGCCCUUCCCACCAAUGCGCCUUUCCGCCUUGGAGGCCGACUCUCCGAAAAUUGGGCAAUAGGGCGCGAUAGACCGUUUCGUCCAGAAGAGCAGCAACUCCAGUACAUGACCUUCCUGACCCAUCAGGACGCAGAUUCACUCCUGGUGGCCGUGGGAGAUUGGUCGGACGAAACUGGGAGCAUGAUGGCAGAUCGAUCUUCUGCUCAAACGACCACAGACAAUCCAAAGGACGGUGUGGCGCGAAAAAAAAUCAGCCUGAAGGACUACAAGAACCAGAAGACUAGUGGCACAGCCGCCUCCCCCGCAGGUCAGACAUCUGGAGACGCAAGCUUGGCGGAUCCGGGAGAGAUGCAGCCCGCAAUUCACGUCGAUGUGGUAAAAAAGGACAAUCGGAUAGCCUCGCAUCAAAAACCAUCAAAAUCACCUGCCCAUCCUUCACCAGGCCGUGGGACUCAAAAACGCCCAUCGGAGACCAGUGUCGGGCAUACACAAGCACAAAAAAGCAAUGAUUCUGAGAUCCAUUCCCCAAAGAAGCCGCGCCUCUCCCCAGAGAAAGAAGCGCGCCGGGAUGCCACUCCUGCCACGUCCCACUCCCCCCGGCUUCCGACGCUUCUAUCACCUACACUUCCACCGACUUCAGGCGGCCCCAAGCUUCCACGGUUGCUCUCUCCUACUCUUCCGCCGGAUAUUGAAAAAGAGCUUGCUCAACUUGGGGAUCGCUCACCCAACCGCGACCACUCUCCAAAUCCCGAGGCUACUACAACCGCCAAGCCGAAGCAAGACGAUUUAUCAAAAAGCGGCAGCAGCUCGAGCCACCAUACCUUGCAUCGCAAGUAUCCCGGUCCGCAUGAGUAUCCUAAAGAUAAUCACCUGCUUGAUACAAAGGCCCGUAUUCGCGUCGCUUCCUCAAAGCCACAGCGCGUCGUCAAACUGCGGUAUGGGAAGUCGAACCGAAAACGAGUGGAAGCCCUCUUAAAAUUUUCCGGCAAACGGAAAGCCCAUAGUUUGGAAUCACCGAGAGGUCAGGACACCGACCGCGAUGAUGACUUCCAGGACAGGAAGAGGAAGGGAGAAGAUGUCACGCCAACAACCUCGGCUCGUGCAAAUAUUCCAUCCAGUCGAGCGAAGGGCAAGACAAAUCACGACACGGACGAGACAAUCGGUGCUUUGGAUGGUCACACAAGGGAACGCAAAGCGUCAACCGAGAAGCCUCGCACUCCGGCCUCUCAUCCCUCUAUCAGCUCGUCUGUUUCGUCCGCACAUGACAAGGCCAAGUCAAGCUCGAUCACGCCACUCAAAGACCCUAAAGUUUCUGUCUCUCGCCGCAAUGACCCUGGUGAUUCAGGCACAAAAGUAUCACCAACACAGCCAGAUCGCAGCAACGAGCGCAGAGUCUGGCGAGAUGAGUAUCAGAAGUUUGGAGCAAUUGGUCGCGAAUUGAAGCAUGCUGCAGAUCGACACAGCACUAGACAGGACGCCACUGCCACCGAUGAGAAGCUCGCAGCCAUUACGGCAGUUGAGGCCAUUAUGUGCUUUAUUCUCGCCUUCGUGGCAGAUGACCAAUCCAAAUCCCUGGCACGCCAGGUUGGUGACUCCUCAGCCUGGCAGUCGAUUUUGCCAUAUUGGCGCGUGGUCAAGAAUAAAAGCGCAUCUUAUCCGGCCCUGUACAGUCUUUCUGUCCUUCUCGGUGCCGUGUCUUACGAUGCAAUCCAUUCCCUGGAUCUCGAACGCCUUGCUAUCAUCCCACUCCCUGGAGAGCACACCCCGGUUCCCACGCCAGGAAGCGACGGCAACACUGUUUUGUCGGACGAAACCAAGAAAAGCCGAAAGGAAUUCAUCGAACUGAAGAACCAGCUUCCGAAGUUCUACAAGGAAUCCCAGAAGCUGUGGCUUGAGGGCACACGCGGCCUAUCUGAGGAUGUUCUCGCUCGCGAGUUCCCCGACACCUGGUCUCGACGGUCUCGGAACUACUUUGAGCGAGGGAGGCCGCAGCUGAAACCGGGUGACUAUUCCGGUGCAUAUUUCCUGCCUCUUGGCGGCACGACUUCACCCAUAGAGAUGGUACGCUUUGCCUGGGCUCUUUUGAAGGAAUGGUGUGCCAAAGAAGGCGUGGACUGGACUGGGCGUCUUGAUCUUUAA